AUGCAUUUUCAUCCGCCAUUGCAGCGAUGUAUCCCACUAUCAAUAACAAAAGCGAGCAAUGUUCGAGGUUUGCGUUAUAACCAGCUGACGUUAGUCCAUUUGCGUAAUUCAUUAUAUAGUAGUAUAACCGUCCAUUCAUUCGAAAGUUCUUCAGUUUUUAGCUUUGCUAACCACAAAAAACCAAUUUAUACUAUUAGAAGUAUCAGUAAGUAUCCACAGUUAUAUAACCAAG